CACUGCAUUCCAAGCCCGUCUGCUUACAGGAUCUACCUCGGAGAAGCAACUCUUGCAACAGGCCAGUUGCUUUGCGAAGUUCAUGAACGUUUCUUCCUUCCCCACCCACCAAAAAACAGCACUGGUAGUUUUGACAAGAAGAUUUUAAAAGUUGGGAAUGGAAGGGAUGGAGCUUGCCUCGGGGAUUGCUGUAUUCCAUUGGCUUGAUCUUAAGGUGCUCCUGAUAUUCCUGCUGGGUUUCUUACUGGUGUCACAUCUCAUCCAAGCAAGGACGCCGAACCAGCUUCCCCCAGGGCCCUCUUCCUGGUCGCCGUACGGAAAUAUCUUUACAUCUGACCGAAAAUCUACCCACAUCAAGCUGAAUCAGCUCACUAAGACAUACGGGAAUAUUUGCACACUGAAAAUAUUUUGGACACCGAUCAUUGUCCUGAGUGGGUUUCAGACAAUCCAAGAAGCUCUGAUCCAGCACAGUAGGGAGUUUGCUGGGAGACCAAAGCUGUAUAUUAACAAUCUUCUGACGAAAGGCCAAGGCAUCAUUUCAGCCCCCUAUGGGAAGUCCUGGAAACAACAGCGUCGAUUCACUCUCACCAUUUUCAGAAACUUUGGUUUGGGAAAAAUUGCCUUUGAGAAGAAAAUUCUGGAAGAGGCUCAAUAUUUGACAGAAACUCUCAAAGCAAUUCUAGAAGGUCAACCUGUUGAUCCCCACCCCAUUAUCACCAGUGCUGUUUCCAACGUAACUUGCUCAGUAGUUCUUGGCAAACGCUUCCACUAUGAAGACAAGACCUUCACACGAUUGAUAAAGCUGUUUGAUGAGGCACUGGCGCUUCAGUCAGGAGUUUGGAUAAAGGUCUGCUCUGCACUUCCCUUCAUCUGCCAUCUCCCAGGACCACACCAGAGGAUAUUUGAAAACCAGACUACAAUUGAAGGCAUAUUUCAGGACUUCAUCAAACAGCACCGGGAGACUCUGAACAGUGAAACUAUCCGGGAUUAUAUUGACGCUUAUUUACUGGAGACGGAAAAGAAGCCGGAAGCUGAUUCAUUUAUGCUGGACGGAAACCUGCUGUUUAAUAUUUAUGACCUCUUCCUGGCGGGGACUGAGACCACGACAACCACCCUUCGGUGGGGGCUGCUCUACAUGAUGGCUUAUCCUGACAUACAAGAGAAGUGUCAGAAGGAAGUAGAUGAAGUGAUCGGUCGGUCCCGCGCCCCAUCCAUGGACGACAGAGCCAAUAUGCCGUACGUCAAUGCUGUCAUCCACGAGAUCCAACGAUUUGGAAACAUAGUUCCAUUUUCAGUUGCCCACGCAACCACACAGGACACCAGAUUUAUGGGAUAUACGAUCAAAAAGGACACCCUUGUGUUACUAAACCUGUACUCAGCGUUGACUGAAGAAGGCCAAUGGAAACAUCCGCACCAGUUCAAUCCAGAGAAUUUUUUGAACGACAGUGGGGAGUUUUUCAAGCCGGAUGCAUUCAUACCCUUCUCAAUGGGUCUCCGUGCUUGCCUUGGAGAAAAGUUGGCCAAAAUGGAGCUCUUUCUCUUCUUCACCUCACUGCUUCAACACCUGGAGUUCCACUGGCCUGAAAAAACCUCCUCUCCCAACCUGGAAGGCCUGUAUAACAUUGUACUGGCCCCACACCCAUACAAGAUGCACGUCAGGUGCAGAAAGGCGCCGAGUGGAGGCUUGUAACCUCAGUGCAUGCAUCAGGGAUGAGGCAGAGACAGGAGAUUCAGUGAUGGGACCAGGGGCGAUCAGGCAUUUAUUUCACAAUGACUUCACUACAUUAGAAUAACAGCCAGUCAUGUGUACAGAGGCCUGUCCUAGCCUCUGUACACCAGGAUAUUCCUUCUACAUAAUUCAUGUGCUAUUUGUGGAAAUGGGAUCUGAACUGCAAUGACUGCAGUAUUAAUUGCUGAAUCCAUAACUCUCUGUAUAAUAUUUGCCUCUGCUGUUUGAAUAUAGCCAAAAUACUUUCUACAGCAGAAUGUAUGUAACUCUUCAGGUCUUUAUAAUUAAAACUCAUUAAUAUCUUACUGACACAAUUAAUAUCCAACUCUUUAAAGCAUAAUUUACGAAAGGAAGCUUGAAAAAUAAACUGUUCCAGAAUCCUUGUUUUGGAGUAUAAUUAACAGUUGUUUCAGGCUCAGUAUAUAAACCCAGUGGAAAAUGA